AGAAAAACCUUAACGAACAAUCUUAAACCCUAAUUCACCUUCUGCAUUCAUCACCAGCUUCAUUUUCUCUCCGCAAUCGAAUCAGAGCUUGAAAAUGGUGUGGUUUCAGUGUGAAGAUUGCGGAGAGAGUUUGAAGAAACCUAAAUUACUUAAUCACUUCAGAAUUUGCUCCGCCUACAAGCUAUCGUGCAUUGAUUGCGGGGAAAUGUUCGGGCAAGAUAGUGUUCAGAGACACACUCAGUGCAUCACUGAGGCGGAAAAAUAUGGUCCGAAGGGACAAGGCGGUGUUUCAAAUGGUAAAACAACAGCAACACCUAAAUCUAACAAGAAACAGCAUCCUGAUGUUGAUAUUACUGUCGGCUUAUCUGAUCGUCCACCUUGGUAUUGCAGUCUAUGCAAUACGAAGGCUACUAGUAAGCAGGCAUUGCUUAUCCAUGCUGAUGGAAAGAAGCAUCGAGCAAAGGCCCGAGCUAUUCAUGCUGCUAAGCAGCAACAAGAUCAACCAACCAUAGAUUCUACGGCAACUGAAACCACUUUGAACGGUGAAUCACAUGGUAAUGGACAUGUGAAGGAACAAACAGUACAAGAUACACCUGCAACACAUGAUAAUUCAGGAACAGACAAUUCAAAGUUGCAAUCAGAGAAGAAGAGAAAACUUGAUGAUUCUGAAAGUAAUGGUAAAAACACUUCUGGUGAUGCUUUAGAGGAGACAAAUCAAGGUAUGAUUCAGGAAGAAAAUGCUAAAGCAGAUGGUAAAGGUAGUCAGCUGAAGAAAGCUAAACACAAUGGGCUUGAGGAUUCUAAGGUCGUAGAUUCCGGAGUCAAGAACAUAAAGUUAAAAAAGUUGAUCAAAUCAACUUUGAAAACGAAUCCAGAUGGGGUUUUAAAGAUGAAAAAACUGAAGAAAAUUGCUGUCAAGUCUCUCCGGGAGUCUGGUAAAACAGAGGAUGAAACCCAACUUAAUGAUAUGAUUGAGCAAAAGAUCAAUACAAGUUCGAGAUUCAGAGUUGAUAACAAGUAUGUGCAUCUGGUGGCUAAAGAUUGAAUUUUGGAGUUUUGAUUGUAAAGACGAGAUCAACUGCAGCAUACAGCAUCCUCUAAUUUACCAUUGUUUAGAUCAAUUGAGCUGUUCGCGGCUUCGCCUCUGCACCCACAAUUUUGAGAUCAUUUGAAAUGUUGUGUUAAUUUAUAGUUCUAUUGUUUGUAUUGCUUGAAUUGCAGUAUCUGCAGAGAACUUCCAUGAUUCUCGGCCUGUAUUCUCUCUCUUUUUUUUUUUUUUUUUUUUUUUUUUUAACUUUGUCCUCCCCAAGGUAGAUGCUAUUUUGUUACUUAAAAGCAUCAUUUUGCAAGGGACGGUUGUUACCUAUAUUCUGGCAGUUAAAUGAAGCAGUGCCAUUUUGUGGA